AUGUUGCUAUCAAUAACAUUAACAGCUCUUGCCAGUGCUGUAGUCAUAUCAGCUUCUGCCAUUGAAAAUAAAGAACCAGAAAAUUGGCAUUCAAAUGGAGUUUCAGAUCAAGAAACAAAUGAAGAAGUAAAUAAUGCACCCAAUGAUUCACGUUCCCGACGUCAAAUAUUCAAACAAUAUAAAAAAUUUGAAAGUUCAUCAUCAUUUAUUAUCAAAGAAAAACAAAAAAAGCGGAAUUCAGUAAUCUCAAAACAACAUACUAGAUUGGAGAGCAUUGCCGAAGAAACGGAAACUGAAUCAAUUAAUGAAGAACCAAAUAACGAAUCAUUAUCAUCACAUAAUAGGAAUUCUGCUCGUCGCAAAAAAAGAUCUCAAACCGAUAUACCAUCAUGGAAAGUAUUAUGGAAGAAACAGAAGAAGAAUAACAAUUGCUUUCCCAUUUAA